GAUCUUCCAACUCCUUGAGAAUUCCAAGUCAAAACAAAAUGAUCAACGUCACACCUUUCUCCAAACUUGAUGAAACCUUCGACAGAGCUUCAGAACUGAAAGCCUUCGACGAUACUAAGGCCGGCGUCAAAGGACUUGUGGACUCUGGCAUUGCCGAGAUCCCAGGAAUAUUCUACCGCCCACCCAAAGACGGCUCCAAUUCCGGCGAGACCCCUGUUUCGAACGAACCCCAUUUGGGUGUUCCGGUGGUGGAUCUGGAAGAUAUCGAUAAAGAUCUAUUGAAACGCAGAGAAGUGGUGGACAAAAUCCGAGAAGCUUCAGAGACGUGGGGGUUCUUCCAAGUGGUUAACCAUGGAGUUCCAGUGAGUGUUCAGGAGGAGAUCAUAAAUGGGGCACAUCGAUUUUUCGAACUGGACAUUGAAGAGAAGAAACAAUAUUAUACAAGAGACAAUAGUAAGCCUUUUUCUUACAACUGCAAUUUCGAUUUGUUUAGCGCACCCUCUGCUAAUUGGAGGGACACCAUCUUCACUCAAAUGGCCCCAAAUUCUCCUAGCUCCCAAGAUUUGCCUCAAGUUUGCAGCUCAGUGACAAAAUUACGCAACCAUAUUCCAUGAUUGGACGUCUUAUAACAUGCUAUAAACUCCACAGUCAUGAUAGAAGAAGCCAUAAGUGUUUGUUUAACACUUUUCCAGGAUACAGCUCCUCCAGCCAACAUGAAGAUAUAACCUGAAGUGGAUUGCAAAAUAUCUUGGCAUCCAGCAUAAUCGAAAUCAGAAUACCCAAUGAUCUCCAAAACUUCUGAUCUUCUAUAAGUGAGCAUAUAAUCUUUUGUUCUCUAUAAAUACCUCAUAACCCAUUUUGUUGUUUUCCAAUGAUCAAUCUCUGAGUUGCUCAAAUAUCUGUCUAACACUCCAACUAUGAAUGCAAUAUUUAGACGCGUACAUACUUAAGUAUACAUUAGACUUCCAACAGUUGAUGCAUAGGAAACCUUUUGCAUCUUCUUAGUCUCGAGUAUAGUCUUGGGGCAUUGACCUAAAUGAAAUUUAUCACAUUUAGCGACUAGGGUACCUCCUGGUGCACAAUCUUUCAUGCCAAAUCUACUCAAAAUCUUUUCAAUGUAGUUCUUUUGUGAUA